CUCUAGGGUUUCCCUCUUCGUCGCCUCCUCUUCCCAUUUCUCCUCGUCGAUCUCUAGGUUUCCCCAGUCCUCCAUCAAUGGCCCCUCGCAAAACCGCUAGGGUUUCAUCCAGGAACCCAGAUCUCGUUCGAGGGAUCGGCAAGUUCUCCCGCUCGAAAAUGUACCACAAGCGAGGCCUGUGGGCGAUCAAGGCCAAAAACGGCGGAUCUUUCCCCAAACAGAAACCCGAACCCACUAAGCCCGCCGAGAAGCCGCCCAAGUUUUACCCCGCUGACGACGUGAAGACUCCCAUCCCCAACCGCCGCAAGCCCAAGCCCACCAAGCUCAGGCCGAGUAUUACGCCCGGGACGGUGUUGAUCUUGCUCGCUGGGAGGUUUAUGGGGAAGAGGGUUGUGUUCUUGAAGCAGCUGCCUUCAGGAUUGCUUCUCGUCACUGGGCCCUUCAAGGUUAACGGAGUUCCCCUCCGCCGUGUAAACCAGUCCUACGUCAUUGGGACAUCUACCAAGGUUGAUAUUUCUGGUGUUAAUGUUGACAAGUUUGAUGACAAGUACUUUGCCAAGGAAUCCAAGAAUAAGGUGAAGAAGACCGAGGGAGAGUUCUUUGAAGCAGAUAAAGAGGAAAAAAAGGCCCUCCCACAAGAAAAAAAAGAUGAUCAAAAGGCUGUGGAUUCACAGCUGUUGAAGGCGAUUGAGGCUGUUCCGGAUCUCAAGUUCUACUUGGGUGCUAGAUUCACAUUGAGUGAGGGCAUGAAGCCUCAUGAGCUUAAGUUUUAGAGCUGAGGUAUCUUUAGGUGUUUUUGCUUUCGAGUUUUAUUCAUAGCUAGUUGUACUCUGUUUCUCUAGAUCACAGAUUGGAAACAUUAUCUUUCGUCCUGUUAGAGGGUUCUUAUCAUUUGUCUUUUGGUUGUGGUUUUGGAUUAAUCGAAACUAUGUUAAGUUUUGAGCUAUGUUAUAUUUUCUGUGUCUGGAUGCUCUGAUAUUUCUAUACCCAAGGUUUUUGUUAUAUUU